CCUUCCCAAAAAUCCUGUCUUCCUGGAAGAAGCCUCUGACUUCCUUCCCAUCCCACAGAGGAAUCCCCAAGACAGAGCUUUCUCAGACACAACUCAGGAGCCUACACCGGAUCCAUCUGAUCUCAGCGUAAGGCAAACCCUGCCCCUCAGUCCUAUGUUCAGGCUCUUGGUUUCCUGGCUUGUUGCCUGGAUCCUUGUCAAACAAACAGAGAAGGGUGAGGUGUGGCCCAAAGUGCCCAGUCUAUCUGUUUUCAGACUGGACCCAGGGUGGGACUGUGAGCAGGAGAGGGCAGCGCUCAACCGGGAGGUCUGGGCCACGCUGAAGCCAUGGCCUUUGGAGGUCCUGAUCCCUACCUCCCUGCGACCCUGCUGAGCCCGAGGCUGAAGGCUGAAGACAAGACCCUGGACCUGCAGUUUGAGAUCUUGAGUGUGGGAUUUAACGAGGAGGGCAGAUAUGCCCUGAGACUGUCAGCUGAGAACCCACUUCAGGCAGGCUCCAGCGCUGGAGUGCAGUUGCAAGUCAAUGGUGGGAACCCGGUCCCAGCCUGCUCUGCUGUCACUGAGGUCAUUGAGCAGCAGGAUCCUGGCCAGAGCCUCACCUUCACCAGGAACAAAUUUAUCUUUACUUUGCCCAAAGGGUUCUGCAAGAAUGAUGGGCAGAGUGAUGCACUCCUGCGAGUGGAGGCACUGAGGCUGGAAGGACCCUCAGGGCAGGUAGCCCAGAGGGUAGGUGAGGCUAUCUUCCCCAUCUAUCCGCGGCCAGAUGAACCCCGGAUGAACCUCGCAGCACAGGAGCAUGAAGACCUGUACCGCUAUUCUGGCAACCUGGCUCUUCUGCGAGCCAGUGAGGACCCCACAGCCCGCCACUGUGGGGGCCUGGCCUACAGUGUGGCCUUCCACGAGCACAGGGCCCCUAGGGCUUCUGUCUCAAACUGCCUUCCGGAGCCCAGACAGCAAGAAGUGAUGUCACUGCACCCAGAGCUACAGACUUCGCGGGAGGCCCUGAGUGACAAGGCAGAAGUCUUUUCUGUGAGUUCAUCUAGCACCAAAAAUGACCAGGAGAGGCUCAGGCGGGAACCAGGACCCUGGCAGCAUCAGGCUCAGGCUCCUGAAGGACCAGAGGACCCCUUGAAGACCUCCCAGGGCCCAGAGUCUGACCCCAACUACCUGGCUCCCUGUAACAAGGAGAUUGUCGUGGUCACUCUGCAUGGAGCUACCAACCUUCCUGCCUGCAGGGAUGGCUCUGAGCCAUGGCCCUAUGUGGUGGUAAAAACCACAUCAGAGGAAGCCAACAAACAGAGCCCCCAAGCUGUGACCUCUGUGACCUCAGAACCCACCAGAGCCCCCAUCUGGGGAGACACAGUCAAAGUGGAGCUCCAGGCAGAAGACUCAGGACGAGAAGAUGUGAUCCUCAAGGUGAUGGACAACAAUAAGAAAGAGGAGCUGGUGUCCUAUGAAAUCCCCAUUAAGUACCUGCGUGUCUUCCACCCGUACCACUUUGAGUUAAAAAAGUCUGAGAAAGCCGAUGAAGCCACUGCCAAGACCCGCCUGUACGCCACCGUGGUUCGGAAGGGCAGCUUACUGCCCCGCUACAUUGGAUGUGACCAUACGGCCCUGGAGGUCUUUCUUCACGGAGUCAAUGAGCCUCUAGUCAACAGCCCCAACCCCAUGGUGGUGAUUGCUCGGGUGGUUCCCAACUAUACUGAGUUUAAGGCCAGCCAGGCCAGGCGGGACCCUGCCUCUGUGGGGCUGCCUCUCACACAGAUUUCCUUCCCUAUCUCAUCGCCGAUGACUUUUGAUGUGCCUCGGGUCAGCCAGAAUGGGUGUCCUCAGCUGUCCAAGCCUGGGGGACCCCCAGAGCAACCCUUGUGGAACCAGUCCUUCCUCUUUCAAGGCCGAGAUGGAGCCACCAGUUUCUCAGAGGACACAGCCUUAGUGCUGGAGUACUACCCUUCUGCCUCAAUGAGAAGCUGUGAACCAUGGACCCUCAACCAGCCCCUGGGUGUCUCCGUGCUACCACUAAAGUCUCCUCUAUACCACAAGAUGUUGACAGGAAAAGGCUUGAAAGGACUGCAUGUGGAACGGCUCCCCAUCAUUAGGCCAGAAAACUUCUUGACACUAAACAACAGCAAGUCACUGCCUACCCUGAACCCUAAGAUUCUAGAUGAGAAUCUGGGUGUCAUCCGUGAGUCCUGGUCCUUGCGCUCCUCAGACUCCUCUCAGGCAGCAGAAGAGCCUCAGACCUUCCGUGACGUGGAGAUGAACAAUUACCGGCGGGCCAUGCAGAAGAUGGCAGAGGAUAUCCUGGCACUGAGGAAGCAGGCCAACCUUCUGGAGGAAGAGAACCGCGUGCUGAGGAGCCACCUGACCCAGCAGAGCAUAGAAGAAGAGCAGAGCAGAGCUGAAGAGGAGAACCUGGCAGUGUCCAUGAAACAGAGGCUCCUGCUGAGUGAACUGGAUAUGAAGAGGCUGCGUGACCGGGUGCAGCACCUGCAGAAUGAGCUGAUUCGGAAGAACGACCGAGAAAAGGAUCUGCUGCUUCUGUACCAGGCCCAGCAGCCGCAGGCUGCACAGCUGAGGCGGUACCAGGACAAACUGCAGAAGAUGAAGGCUCUGGAGGACACCGUGCGGCAUCAGGAGAAGGUUAUUGAGAAGCUGGAGCAGAUACUGGAAGAAAGGCUCCUAGAGAGGAAGGAGCCAGCACCAUCAAAAAGGCCACAGGGGAAUCCCAUCACAGCCUCUGGCAUUCACCUGGGCCCCACAGGAGAAAACAUGGCCGUUGAUCUUUACUCUGUGCUGCUGGCAGAAAACACAAGGCUGAGGGCAGAGUUGGAAAAGAACCACCAGCAGUCAGCCCCGAUCAUACUACAGCAGCAGGCACUGCCGGUGGAUCCCAGGGAGUUGGGAGCAGGUGGAGACUUGGCAGAGAGUCUACGAGACACAAAUGGCCCAGGCCACUCCACGUGCACAGAGACCCUGCCAGCACAGGUGGGUGUCCCGGGGGGGCGGGGCUACUCCACUGUGCAGGAUGCUUCAGGUACCCCCGCUAUAUAUAAACCCAAAGUCAAUAUGUGGGGUUAUGGUGGCAAGAAGCGGAGGAGUGAUCUCCUCGGUGGUACAUCAGACAAGUUUAACCUCCUGGCCAAGCUAGAACAAGCUCAAAGUCGGAUCUUGUCCCUGGAGAACCAGCUAGAGGACUCAGCUCGCCGCUGGGCACGCGAGAAGCAAAACCUGGCUAUACGACUUCAGGAGCAACAACAUGGCUUCGGACACCUCUCAGACUCCAUCAUCAUAGAUCCGCCUAAUACUGGAGCAGCGAAGGAGCCCCAGCAGCCCUCCAAACUGGAACCCUCACUGCCCAGUUCAGACAUGAAGCUCAAUAGACCCUCAAACUCCCAGAUUGAGCCCUCUAACCCGGAGAAGACCUGAGCCCAGAGCAGGCCUCCUUCCCCAUGUGUUGGCGAGUCAUCCCUCCCUCCAAAGAUGUCUUUACUAAAUGCUAU